AUGGAGUUAAUGUUGCAGCCACUUGUCCCUGUUCAUCAAUUUGAUAAGCUUCCUAGUUAUUUCAUUUUCGCUGGUUUGGUCUUUGUUCCACUGACCCAGCCAUAUCUUCAUGAGUAUGGAGAAGACUGGUACAAUAACUCACCCCGUCGGUUGUGUGAACGAGCACUGAGGGAACUGCCAAGAAAAGCUGGUGAACAACUUGUCAUUCUGUCUCAGGUCUUUCUUAUUCUUCCUCUUCUUUGGCUGCUUUUGUUUUUAUUUUGCAUUCUUCUUCUUGUGGGGACAUUUAGGUUUUGA